AGAUCAAAACCUUUGAUUCAAUCCGAUCUUCUUACAAUCAAGAUCCAGAUGACCGCUCGCUAGCAGAUCGACGGCCAUGAUCAGCCAUAGGGAACUCAGGACUGCUAUUUCAACUCUCAUGGGUAGUUAUCCUUUUCUUAUUGUCUUAUUUUGACAAUAAGACCAUUGAAUAAGAUAAUAAACCAACGUUGAUGUUCUGCUUGCAUUUUUUUUCUCUUGAUUUCACUUUCAUAGAUGUAACAUAAGAUAGCAACGUUUCCUCCCGUUACACAUAUAGAUAAUGUUUCUCCUUUGUCGAACAACUCAAUAUGUCAUGUUGUCAGACUGUUAAGUUUAGGUGAAAUUUAAACAAUAAUCCACUUGAUAGACAUCUUAUACGGUUAACACUUUUGGAUUUUCCUAUAUAUAGACGGUCUUUGCCUCCUUAACUAGCCAGGAAAGAUGAGUAUUCUCUACUUCAUAUUCACCUUCAUGUCAUUUUCAGUACUAUUUGUCAUCCUCACCUUCUGUUUUCUGCUACUUAAAAUCUUCACAGGAAAAUCCAUUAGAAACCAAAUUUACCCGCCAGUAAAAGGCACCGUCUUCAACCAGCUCUUCUACUUCAACAGGCUCUAUGACUACCAGACCGAAGUUGCCAAAGAGCAGCCAACUUUUCGGCUGCUUGCCCCAGACCAAAGUGAAGUAUACACCACUGACAUGCGAAACAUCGAGCAUGUUUUGAAAACCAACUUCGCCAAGUAUUCCAAAGGGAAAUACAACCAAGAUAUUGUGUCUGAUGUUUUUGGCCAAGGGAUAUUUGUUGUUGAUGGAGAAAAGUGGAAGCAGCAGAGGAAGCUUGCAAGCUUUGAGUUUUCGACCAGAGUUCUUAGAGAUUUUAGCUGUUCUGUGUUUAGAAGAAAUUCUGCCAAACUGGUUAGAGUUGUUUCUGAGAUUUUGGGUUCCAAUCAAAGUUUUGAUAUGCAAGAUAUUCUUAUGAGAUGCACUUUAGACUCCAUAAUCAAAGUAGGGUUUGGAAUAGACCUGAAUUGCUUGGAGGGUUCAAGCAAGGAAGGGACUGCAUUUAUGAAGGCCUUUGAUGAUUCGACCGCCCUGUCGUAUUGGCGCUAUGUCGAUCCAUUCUGGAAAUUGAAGCGUGUUCUAAACAUUGGUUCUGAAGCAGCUCUUAAAAAGAAUGUCCGAAUCAUGGAUGAUUUUGUACACCAACUUAUCAAGAGUAAGAGGACGUUGGUUACAGGGAAAACUGAUGCUAAUGACAGGGAGGACAUACUAUCGAGGUUUCUGUUGGAGAGCGAGAAGGAUCCCGAGAAAAUGAAUGACACAUAUCUGAGGGAUAUAAUUCUGAACUUUAUGAUUGCUGGCAAAGAUACAAGUGCAAAUACACUCUCAUGGUUCUUGUACAUGCUUACGAAGAACCCUCUAAUACAAGAAAAAGUUGCACAAGAAGUGAGGGAUGUUGUCGGUUUUACUAUUCAGGUCGACGAAGCUAACAUUGAUGAACUUGUAGAAAACAUAACUGAUGCAAAUCUUGAUAAAAUGCAUUAUCUUCAUGCGACGAUAACAGAGACCUUGAGGCUAUACCCUGCAGUUCCUGUGGACGGGAGAUGUGCAGAGGUAGAUGACAUUCUUCCUGAUGGCUUUAGAUUGAGAAAAGGAGAUGGAGUAUACUACAUGGCCUAUGCCAUGGGAAGAAUGCCUUAUAUUUGGGGAGAAGAUGCUGAGGAUUUCCGACCUGAAAGAUGGCUCAAAAAUGGAAUUUUCCAGCCUGAAUCACCAUUCAAAUUUGUCGCAUUUCAUGCAGGACCUCGAAUCUGUCUAGGGAAAGACUUUGCAUACCGGCAGAUGAAGAUAGUAUCGACCGCUCUUCUUUUCUUCUUCCGCUUCAAAUUGGCUGACCAAACAAAAAAUGUAACCUAUAGGACCAUGUUCACCCUACACAUGGAUGGAGGUCUCUCUCUUCGCGCAACUCCGAGGACAGCCUGAUAUCUUUCUUGCAUAUCAAAUAGAAUAAUGUUCAGUACUUUGCUAAACUAUGUAUCUGUAAAAUUCUGCAUGACUACUGAAAUGCGCUUUAGAUUUAUAUAUGUAGUGUGGUUCUACUUGUAUUGGUAAGUUUUUACAGUAAUAUUGUAACCUGCAGUAUAAUAUACGCACCGUAUUGCGAAGAUCUACUUUUUUCAAUUUUUUUUGUCAAAACUCUCUCAAUUCAACAUGUAAUUUUGUAUAACUAAGAUAUAAAUAAUUAAUUUUUAUAUUUA